AUGGCGGACCACGCGAACAACGCGCUCAAGCGAUCUCACCCUGAGGGGGAUGAGAGCAUGUCGCAAAAGAGAGCUCGAUCAAACCAUGGAUCCCCAGCACCUGCCAAUCCCACGGUAGACAUCAACAAAAAGAUAGCAGAGGCAAAAGCGAAGGCUGAAGCGGUGCGCGCACGUCUCCAAGAGCGACUGGGUAGCGGGACACCGCCUGCCUCUCCGAUGGAGUCGAGCCCUACACCACCUGCUCCGCCGCCCGUCAGUUCUGGGAUGUCCAAGUUGGAGCAGAUGAAGGCCAAAAUAGCUGCUGCUGCUGCGAAGAGGUCCAACCCUCCAUCGUAUCAAGAACCCCCUACACCCGCGCCUUCCUACCAAAGAAACUUCGACGACGAUAGCCAGGCACAUGGUGGCCUGUACACUGGCCUUCAUCCAGCUCUUUCCGAACCUACACCAGAUUUCAGCCAAAGCCGCCAGGAUAAUAAGACAGGAAGCCAGGCUCGCCGCGGCAAGCAACUUGAUCUAUCUGGACCAUCCAUUGAGGAGAUCAAGAACAACCCAUACUAUGACCCGAGUCUAGGUCCGAAGGCCAAACCCCGAGCGUCGCGUCCGCUCGUCUUCAAUCCACAGGGCAAAUACAUCCAGCAAGGCUCGGCCAUACGACGACAGGAGCAGUUGGAAGCCAUGAAGAGGCGCAUUGCGGAGCGCGCACGACAGGCGGGUAUUGAUGAGGACCCCGAUGUGGAUAAGGGAUUCCUAGUUCCCGAGCCGCCAGCUAUCGAGUGGUGGGACGAAUGCUUGGUCAAUGGUGACAGCUACGAUGCUACCGAUAACCCCGCGAAUCUGAAGAUUGGCACGCCCGACUCCCUUGUUACUCACUACAUUCAACAUCCCAUCCAGCUUGCGCCCCCACAGGACUCACUUAAGCUUAUUCAGAAGCCUAUGUAUCUUACGAAGAAGGAACAAGCAAAGGUCCGCCGUCAGCGACGUAUGGCCGAUUUGAAAGAAGAACAGGCAAAGAUUCGGCUGGGUCUGGUACCGGCGCCACCUCCCAAGGUCAAAAAAUCAAAUCUCAUGAGGGUUUUGGGAGAGCAAGCAGUGAAGGAUCCUACGGCCGUCGAGGCACGUGUGACACAAGAGAUUGAGGAACGCCGCUUGAAGCACGAGGCUGAGAACGCAGCACGCAAGUUGACGAAGGAACAACGCCGGGAAAAACUUGCGUCGCAGCAAGAAAAGGAUGCCGCGAUGGGUAUCUAUGUGUCGGUCUACCGAAUUGACAGCCUUGCAAACGGCCGGAAUCGAUUCAAAAUAAACAAGAAUGCUGAACAGAACAAGCUUACUGGAAUCUGUGUCUUGAAUCCCAAAAUGAAUCUAGUCAUCGUCGAAGGUGGCAAACACUCAGUCAACAACUACCGGAAGCUCAUGCUUAAUCGAAUUGAUUGGACCGAUAAUCCCGGUCCGUCCCCCUCGGAUAAGCCUAACGAAAGUCAACCAAUCUGGCUGAAGACGGAAGAUGAAAAGGGCGAGCCGCGGGACUUCUCUCAAAAUUCGUGCGACAUGAUUUGGCAGGGCCAGGCUAAGGCACGAGUAUUCAGAAAAUGGCUAGGUGACAGGAUCUGCGAGACAGAGGCCGAUGCUAAAGAGACACUAUCUCGCACCAAGAUGGACAACUUCUGGAACUUAGCAAGAAGCUUCAAGCAAGGCCAAGCUAUGAAUACUUGA